AUGCCACCCUCAGACACUGAAGACGAUGUCCUCGAAGAAAAUGAAGACGACCUCGAGGAAGAUGCUGACAAUGACCUCGAGGAGGAGCUGUUCGAUGCCAUAAACGAAGAAGCCACUGAAGACGGCGAUGAUGUGCGUGAUUCUUCUAGCUCUACUGACGAAGGUUUCUUUGACGAUAACGACGAUGACGAGGAGGAGGAGUCAGAGCCUUCAAGAGACGUGCAACCGAGCGAGAUACCCUCACAGCAAAGCUCAGUCCAGAACGCGUCCUUACUGUCACCUGAAUCCCAAUCCCAUUCAUCUUCUGUCAAACAUGCCUCACCACCCUUGGUUCGCAAGCGAUCUCUUUCGCCUGCCCGAGCUCGGAAAAGAGCUCUCUACUAUCCGAGAGGCUCUGACGUACCCAUUUAUCGUACAUGUAUCGUCGAGGCUGUAUGUGCAAUACCCCACCCGGUUCCCAUCCAUGCACUCGCCUCUUCUCACUGCAUGACGCAUCUUCUCACUGGAUCUGAUGAUGGUUAUAUCCGUGACUACGAUAUUUUUACGGCGCUUAACGGAAAGAACUUCCUGACGGCGCCACAAAGACAUCACUCUGGUGUUGUGGAGGGAAUCAUGAAAUCUGGGCAGCUCCGUUUCUGGUGGGAGAAUCCAACGCCUCCAGACGUGUCGACUGCUUCGGCCGAGGAUGAGACAGGGUUGUCGCCGGUAUAUUGUUUAGCGAUGCAUUCAGACGCGCUGUGGGCUCUUGCGGGAAGCGACUCUGGCCCCAUCAGCCUGUAUACGGUGAGGCAUGAUCCUGGACGUUUAUGUCAUGUCAUGAGUGGUCAUCGCGGGCCCGUAUCUGCGCUAUCUCUAGACCAUGAUGAAAAGGGAUUCUUCAGUGCUGGAUGGGAUGGUGACGCGCUUCUGUGGGACCUUAAUACAGGCCAGAAGAUAAGAAACUUCACGUCUCAUGGUGCCCAGCUCACAGGAGUUGCGGUGCGGCCGACAAAUGCGGUAUUUGCAGAGGCAGGACCUGCAGCCAUCACCCGGCCCGAAACCGAAACUUUACCAGACGAAGGUACCACUGCAUCGGCACCUGCGAUGGCGCCACAACCCGUGCCACCAGCUGCAUCUGCACCUGAUUCACCAUCUCAAUCAGAUGGAUCUUUCGAUGACCUCUUCGACGAACCGGAGAACGAUACGCAGGGCAGGGCCCAAAACAAAUGGCGAGCCUCGGCAAACGGGGCUACGGGACUAGCUGUUCCUCCGCCAGCCCAGCCCCAACAGCCCCAACAACCCCCGCGUCCCAAUUUCGGCUUAAUAGCACCCUCCAAGAAUGCGCCCCCCUUGCUCGAUCCUGAGAGCUAUAUAAAAUUCUCGGCGGAUAUUUUAUUGACGGCGUCUAUAGAUGGCCAGGUGAUCGUUUGGGACAAAAGAGUGAACGGGGCGGGCGCAGGAGUAGGGAGACUCUGGAUGAAUGAAAAGACUCCACCCUGGUGCUUGUCGGCAUGCUGGUCUGCGGACGGCGGCCAAAUAUAUGCCGGAAGGCGUAACGGGACCGUUGACGUCUGGGAUGUACGCCAGCUUGGUCGUUCGGGUCCUACCUCCACCCCCAGGCUUCUGAAAACCCUGAGAAACCCACCAAGCUCCGGAGUAGUUUCAUGUGUCGUCGCCUUUCCAGAUAACAAACAUAUCGCCUGCGCGUCCAUCGAUAAUCUGCGUCUGUGGAACGUGGAUGUUGUUGAAUCUGACUCUGGCAGACCCAAGGCUGGGAUGCAGUUCAAGAUCAUACCGGGCCACCACGGAGGGUACAUCUCUAAUCUUUUGGUCGAUCCUGGAGGCAGAUUCUUAGUAAGUGCUAGUAGCAACCGCGGGUGGCAUGGGGAGUCCACACGGACAGUAUUUGUGCAUGACAUAAAGCAUGUUCAAUAACAGUUCACAACGCCGCAAUUUGGACCUUAAGGGCAGACCGACUAGUCUCUUCGUCAUUGUUUGGAUCUCAAGUUGUAAGAUUU